UGGACGAGACCUUUGACUUUUCUUCUUAUUGAAUGACCGGGUCGAUCGAUCGACUGGUUUACUUUUCUUCGGUCGUCGUCUUGGCCGCGAGAUGCAUAAGAAGACAAACUGUUUCAACUUUCAACUUCUCUGUCUGAAUAAAUACCACAAGUCCAGAAGCUUGUUGUGUUCGAGAAGUAGAGAGUUUUCGAGAAGCAAAGUUUGUUUUUUCCUCUGAUUUAAUACGAAAAGUGAUCAAAACUCGUUGAAUUUUCAUAAGGGUUUUAAGAAGUUUCUAGCUUCAUUGCUAAACAGUGUUGGGUUUAAGAGAUUCGUCUCCCACUUUGUUAAAGUUCAAAGCUUUUUUUAGGGUUUUUCUUUAAAACAGAGCUUUUCUAUUUUUCUUUAAAACAGAGCUUUUCUAUCUUUAGCUUCUAGGAUUGAAAGUUUUGAUCUUUGGUAACAAGAGUCUCUUUGUUCUGCUCUUGUGUGAGAUUUAAGGUGUGUUAGAGAUGGAUGAGAGUAAUCAUGGAGGCUCAUCAAGCUCACUCCCACCUUUCCUCACAAAAACAUACGAGAUGGUUGAUGAUUCCUCCUCUGAUUCAAUCGUCUCGUGGAGUCGGAGCAACAGAAGCUUCAUCGUUUGGAACCCACCAGAGUUUUCAAGAGACCUUCUUCCAAGAUUCUUCAAGCACAACAACUUCUCUAGCUUCAUCCGUCAGCUUAACACAUACGGUUUUAGAAAAGCUGAUCCUGAGCAGUGGGAGUUUGCGAAUGAUGAUUUCGUGAGAGGCCAACCUCAUCUUAUGAAGAACAUUCAUAGACGCAAACCCGUUCACAGCCACUCUCUACCUAACCUCCAAUCUCAGCAGAACCCGUUGACGGAUUCAGAACGGCUGAGAAUGAGUAGUCAGAUCGAGAGACUCACCAAGGAGAAAGAAGGGUUGCUUCAGAAGUUACAUAAACAAGAGCAAGAACGAGAUGUGUUUGAGCAACACGUUAAGACGCUGAAAGAUCAGUUGCAACACAUGGAGAAGCGUCAGAAAACAAUGGAUUCUUAUGUCUCUCAGGUUAUGGAAACACCAGAGCUUGCUUUAAAUCUCUCGCCGUGUCUACCUGACACGAACGAGAGGAAGAGGAGGCUCCCUAGGAUGUUGGAAGAUAACCGGACUUGUGUUGUUGUGAGAGAGGAAGGCUCUACGAGCGCUUCAGAUGAAACAGAACAUCAGGUGGAACAGUUAGAGGUUUGGGAGAAUCUUGUAUCUGUAUCUGAUGAUUCUUGUGAGGGCAUGGCACAAUCAACAAGAAGCAUGAUGAUACUUGAUGUGGAUGAAUCAUCUACUUGUCCUCAAAGCCCUCCUCUUUCUUGCAUCCAGCUAAGUAUCGACACGUGUCCUAAAUCUCCUCCUGUCAAGAUCAUGGACAUGAACUCUGAGCCUGAUGUUUCAGAAGAACAGAACAUUGUUGCUCCUCCUCCUCCACCAGCAGCAGGAGUGAAUGAUGUCUUCUGGCAGCAGUUUUUGACAGAGAAUCCUGGCUCAACCGAGCAACGGGAAGUUCAACCAGAGAGGAAAGAGGAUAAAGGUGAAGAUCGAAGUGAGAAAUGUUGGUGGACUUCGAGGAAUGUAAAUGCAAUUACAGAACAGCUUGGACAUCUGACUUCUUGAAAGAUCUGUCUUUUAGUUUCUUGUAAUAUACCAGUUCAUUAUCAGGUUGUAAGUAUUUGGGUCUGGUUCUGCUUUUCAUCAUCACAUGUAUGUCCCUUCACACUUAACACCUAUGUAAGAUUUUGUAUAUGUACAAGAUUAUCACCUAGUAUUGGAAUCGUGCAGCUUCGAAUU